AUGGGCAAGCAGAAGAUGAUAUUGGACAAAUUAGCCAGGACCGUCCAAGUCCGCAACCUGCUGCUACGGCAGGCCCUGGCUGAGUGUCUUGGCACCCUCAUCCUUGUGAUGUUUGGCUGUGGUGCUGUGGCCCAAGUGGUGUUGAGUGGUGGUACCCACGGCAUGUUCCUCACUGUCAAUCUUGCCUUCGGCUUUGCUGCCACAUUAGGAAUCCUAGUCUGUGGCCAGGUAUCAGGUGGCCAUCUGAACCCCGCAGUGACCUUUGCUGCGUGUCUGCUUGGAAGAGAGCGCUGGAGAAAAUUCCCCAUGUACUUCCUCUUUCAGACAAUUGGUGCUUUUUUUGGAGCUUCCAUAAUUUAUGCCAUGUACUAUGAUGCCCUGGUGAGCUAUCCUGGAUCUUUCAAUAUGACUGGGCCCAAUCACACAGCUGGCAUCUUUGCUACCUAUCCUGCAGAGCACCUCUCCAUUUUCAAUGGCUUCUUUGAUCAGUUAAUUGGAACAGCAGCACUUAUAGUUUGUAUUCUGGCUAUUGUGGAUCCCUACAACAACCCCAUACCCCAAGGGCUGGAGGCCUUCACUGUGGGAUUUGUGGUUCUCGUCAUUGGAUUAGCAAUGGGCUUUAACUCAGGCUAUGCUGUCAAUCCUGCCAGAGAUUUCGGACCACGUCUUUUCACUGCUAUGGCUGGGUGGGGCGGCGGAGUUUUCACGUAA